UUAUUAUUUUAUUUACAAUCCUUACCGCCAACAACCGACAUAAUUGUAGUCGCCAUCUUUGCUUCAAUCUUUCAGUCGCCUCCAGAUUUGCGGGCGUUUCAUCGCCGAUUUUCAAUGUUUUGCUCAAAAAAGUCUCUAUUUUUUCUUUUGAAAGCAACGUAAAAAGUUUUUAGUGUCUUGCGUAAUAGUUAAAUGUGAAAAUGAGCUUUUUCGGGUUUGGACAAACUGCGGAUAUCGAAAUUGUGUUCGAUGAUGCUGACAAACGUAAGGUUGCCGAAGUUAAAACGGACGAUGGGAAAAAGGAAAAAUUGUUAUUAUAUUACGACGGUGAAACUGUGUCGGGGAGAGUGAACGUAACUCUCCGGAAACCCGGGUCAAAAUUGGAACAUCAAGGAAUCAAAGUCGAGCUUAUCGGUCAGAUCGAAUUAUUCUACGACAGAGGCAAUCAUCAUGAGUUUAUAUCGUUAGUCAAAGAACUGGCCCGUCCUGGGGACUUGCUACAGCACACGUCUUAUCCAUUCGAAUUCGCCAACGUCGAGAAACCGUACGAAGUUUACACAGGGGCUAACGUGAGGCUAAGAUACUUUUUACGGGCGACUAUAGUCCGCCGCCUCACAGACGUUGUUAAGGAAGUCGAUAUCGCAGUUCACACGCUAUGCAGCUACCCGGAUGUUUUAAAUUCGAUAAAAAUGGAAGUAGGCAUCGAGGACUGCCUCCACAUAGAGUUCGAGUACAACAAAUCGAAAUAUCAUCUCAAAGACGUGAUAGUGGGUAAAAUUUAUUUCCUCCUCGUUCGUAUAAAGAUAAAACACAUGGAAAUAUCUAUUAUUAAGAGGGAAACGACUGGCUCAGGUCCAAAUACGUUUACAGAAAACGAAACUGUCGCUAAGUACGAAAUAAUGGAUGGGGCUCCGGUCAGAGGCGAGAGUAUCCCUAUAAGAGUGUUCUUAGCUGGAUACGACUUAACACCUACAAUGAGAGAUAUAAAUAAUAAGUUCUCAGUGAGGUAUUAUCUCAAUUUAGUCCUAAUGGACACAGAAGAUAGACGCUACUUUAAACAACAAGAAGUCACAUUAUGGAGAAAAAGCGAUAAAUCGAGGUUACCCUUGCAUAACCCCCAUCAUCCUCAGACUCAGAGCCUUGGACACCCUUCAGUAGCUCCACAGAGACAGCUCUCAGCGUCAAGUGAGGACAAUUCUGCGAGAGCUGUGUCACCAUCAAUGCCAGAUAACGCAUUGCAGAGAUCGGUGUCCCCGCCAUUGCCAACUAAUGAAAAGCAUAAUGGGCCCUCACAAAUGGAGCAAGAAGAACCUGAUGUGUUACCGAGUAAGUUAGCUAACACCCACAUCGAAGUAAGUGAACCACAAUCACCAGAUGUGACUAAUGCAGAAAAAGCAAUAGAGGAACCAAACGUUUCAGAAAAGCCUGUAGAUAAACCACCACUUGAAGACAACACUCAAACAGUGGCUGAUAAACCUCAGGUAGAAGUCAGUAACAAGAAGGUCGACAAGCCAGUGGCUGAAAAAAUUGCAGUGAUGGAGAAACCACUGCUCGCAGAGAAACCUCAAAUAGCGGAGAAACCCGUUAUUGCUGACAAGCCCGUUCUGUCACGGCCUGAAAGUGUAGAAGCAACUCCGAGUCAAUAGUCUACAUACACAUGUGCUAUCUCACUCACUGGCAAAAUGAACUGUAUGUUUUCAUAUACGAAAACAAUUGUUUGAAAUAUCUAUAUUAAAUUAAGAGAGAAAAUUAAUACAGUUGCAGUGAUUUGCUUA